AGAUUUUCGACGAGGGGAAGGAGGAGGAGGAGGCGGCGGCGGUGCGAUCUCCGACGAAGUCGGCGUGAGAGCGCUGUUACAAACGCGAGUCUCGGUGGCGCGCGAUCGCAAGGGGUGGAUUCGCUCCUCUCUCUUUCUCUCUCUCUCUCUCUCUCUUCCUCUCUCUCUCUCUCUCUCUCUCACCGGUGCGUCCCGUUCGCGCGAACCAUCUCGGGACGGUGUCCUCCGUGAUCUGAUCCCGGGACAUCCCGGAGUUGACUCGACGUCGUCCUCCGUUCGCGAAGACUCCGAAAGAGACUCUCUCGAGAGUCGAUCGACGGGAUAUCGGAGGGAUAUCGUCUCGCGUCACCGCAUCAUCAUCGGCGACAGAGUGUUUCGUUUCUCUCUCUAUCUCUUUCUACCUCUCUCGCUCUCUCUCUCCCUUUGCGUGCAUGUGUGUGUGCGUGUGUGUACGUGCGCGUCUGUGUACGCCGGGCGGUGCGCGAAACGUAACGUGAGCAUACCGCGGGACGAGAGUGCGGCGGGUAGGUAGGCAACUGCGACGAUGUUCCCGUGGUCGUGGAAAGUGCGAGAAAAGUGACGGACCGAGAGGAAAGCCCGGGAGUCGUGUCGGGUACGUUGUGUUGCACCUACGUGGCCGAGAAGAGGCGUGGAUCGCCGCGACGCAUUUUACGUGGCGCGUAAUUCGCGCACGCACCCACACACGCACACGAUUGCGCGCGCGCACGCACGCACGCACGAACGCACGUUCGCUCGUGUUACGCGCUCCGGGAUAACGAUGCUGUUGUCAGGAGGGAAUCACCCACGGCUCCCUUGAACGUUACUACGAGCGGAGCACCCUGCCCUCGGGAGUCCGGGGCCAGCGACGGGACGCAAGAUAGAGUGAUAUGUUAACCGAAGACAAUGACCCGACGAAACCAGCAGGGGUUUUAGACAAUGCUGGCAACGUGUCUUCCUCGACAGAAGCCUCGGUACAGCAUCCUCGCGCCGCAAACAAUGAAAUUCAUUUACAAACCACUCAUCCGCUCGUCUUCACGUUGUCAGAAACUGAAGUUAAGAACGAGGUGCAGGACUGUCCCGAGACCGACAGCGUGCCAAGUGGCGAGCUGUACAUCGACGAGAAUGCUGAGGAGAAGGAGCAGGAAUAUCCGGAUUCGAUGGAAAAGGCGGAUUACGGAUCCCUGUACGGUGCCAAUCAAUAUUAUAACAGCCUCUACAACUCGCCGCCUUAUGGAUCCACGACGGUCUCGAAGUCCGCGUCAAGCUUACAGAGCUCGUACCUAAGCUCCUACACGUCGUCGAGCUCGAUGACGCAGUACCCGUCCUACGCCGGCUACAACAGCGGAGCGACGACUUUCCCGAACGUGGCGCAGAAUAUAUCGCCGGCCUCUCAGAAACUGGACUACAGCGCCUACAGCAGCAGCCUCUACGGGAACGACAGGGUGCCGCUUCAGUAUUCCGGAUACUACCCUAUGCCCGGUUAUCACGCGCCGCCCACCUCCUUCAACAUCGGCAACAUCAACUUCGCGGAAGACUCGACCAAGUCCGCGCUCACGUUGGACCCGACUACGCAUGAUGCGAGCGAUCUGACCGCACGGGAAACCGCAAACAUCGAAGUGGCGGCGACGAAGCCAUGCAGGCGCGGCAGGAGGCAAAGCGGAAGCGGGAACAGUAUCGGUUCGGCGGACACGACGGAGGCCGGGCCUGAUCGUAUAUUCAUCUGGGACCUUGACGAGACCAUCGUUAUAUUCCACUCCUUGCUAACCGGGCAUUUCGCGACGAAGCACCGCAAAGAUCCCACCCCCCUGGCUCAGGUGGCGUACCGAAUGGAGGAGAUGAUAUUCAACUUGGCGGACACGCACUUCUUCUUCAGUGACAUCGAGGAUUGCGAUCAAGUGCACAUAGACGACGUCGCGUCGGACGACAACGGACAGGACCUGUCGUCCUACAACUUCGCGACCGACGGCUUCCAGUGCGCGUCCACGAACAACGGGAUAUGCCUGACUUCCGGAGUGCGGGGCGGCGUCGACUGGAUGAGGAAGUUGGCGUUUCGCUAUCGCAAGAUCAAGGAGAUCUACUGCAAUUAUCGCAACAACGUCGGGGGUCUCCUGGGCACGGCGAAGCGCGAGCAGUGGCUCCAGCUGCGCUCCGAAAUCGAGGUGUUGACCGAUAACUGGCUGACGUCGGCGAUCAAGUGUCUGAGCCUUAUCAACAAAAGGAGCCACUGCAUCAAUAUCCUGGUGACGACCUCGCAGCUGGUGCCCACCCUCUCCAAGGUCCUGCUCUUCGGCAUCGGCGGGAUAUUCCCCAUAGAGAAUAUAUACUCCGCCAACAAAAUCGGAAAGGAAAAUUGUUUCGGGAGGGUGGUAGCGCGAUUCGGCCGCAGGUGUACGUACGUAGUGAUAGGCGACGACUCGGACGAGGAGAACGCGGCGCGAGCGCACAACUUCCCCUUCUGGAGGAUAAACAGCCUUUCGGACACGCAAGCCCUGUACAAUGCCUUAGAAAUGGGAUUUCUCUAAUCAAAAUGUAGAUCGCGAUCCGUGGCGUUGGGGAAGGUUGCACGGAUGUCAAGCGCACGGAUGAUGACCGCACGCGACUCGCGUGAAAUCGUGCGGCAAAAAAGUGAGGAGAACCAGUGACAAGGCGGCAUGCUUGACUCUCUGGGGAGAAGAAGCUCUUAUCAUUCCUAUAACUUUUAUCAUGUGUAAUAUAUACGUAACAACAAACGGAUGGCCGACACCUCCGUCAACUGUAAUACGUAUAUGGCUAACAUUCGCCGACGAUCAGAUAUUUUAUGAGCUCGGUCGGACACGUCUCUCGGUCCGUAAGUGAUAUAGAAAUGAAAGUAAGACUUAAGUGAUAACGAAAAACACAAAGAGAAAAAUCGGGGGGGAAAUUUAAGAAAAAUUUAUGUAUAAUAAGAUCUUCCGGAUGGCUCUCCAGCCGCUAACUUAGUCACGUGUACUAUAUUCAACUGAGACGGAAUUUGUGGAAAGGAUAUACCGGGUGAAUCGCUGGAAACGGAGCUUCUGAUCGAGUGACGGUUCUGGAUCCGAAGAUUCACUCUGUAUGCACACAUACACCUUUCGUGUACUUAACUAUACUACAUUUGCAUACUUUUGCUUCUCGACGACCGGUGAAAUCGAGCGAUUUUUACAAAUGUACGAUAAAGCGGGUCUCACUAACGCGGCGAUUAUGAUUCUUCCCAUUUUGCUAUAUUUCGCGAGCGGUUUGCUUUCGCGGCACUUCCGGGAUUCAUAUUCAUUGUUUCUCACAAUCUAAUAUCGCAGCUGUCGCUUGCUUCUUGCGUUACUUUCACGUGCAAAUUUAUCACGAGGAGUUGAGUCAACAGGUUAGUUACAGUUUCACUGAUCGCCUUAAUAUCUUUGUUCGUCAUGCCUUUUACAUACGUAUCUUUACAUUCCUUUAGUCCUUAUGUUACAAAUAUAGCUGUAAGCAGUAUUAUGUAUAUUUUGAAAGUAUCCAUCAUAUCAAUCACACAUUACCAUGACGCACCUACCAGACACAAAUGUGUGUGCAUUAGGAGAAGUAUUUAUAUAUUUGUAAAGAUACUAUAUAGUUAUAUAUAUAUAUAUAUAACUAUAUAUAUAUAUAUAUAUAUAUAUACACGACUGUAUUUUGGAAUUGUACAAGGACAUUUGACAAACACCCCGAGAAAUGCAUUAAUAUAAUAAAGAAAACGAACUAGAGUAUAGUUGGAGAUUGCAGUUGACAUCGUUAUGUGUAAAAACAGUUUAUAAAAAAUUUUUCUGAAUAUAUCGUAUUAUUCGUUAAAGCAAAGAUAUUAAUAAAAAAUAUGAUUGAAAAUAUGUAAGAUACCGUUUGUGUCUCGAAAGACUGGCAUCGUGCAAAGAUAAAAGUAACUUAAUAUUGUCCUUUACUUUAGUAAGCAAAUUAUAUGUGUAUCAAGUCCACACACACGUACACAUAUAUAUACACACACACACAUACACACACAUAGAGUAAAUUAUAUGACACUAAUUUAAUAUCAGCUGUUCUCGAGUAAAUUGAUAUUCUAAGAUUCUCGUUUUUACUUGAAAUAUAUAUAUAUAUACACGUCUCUACUUCUCAAUUCCACAAACAAAUCAAGUUUGUCUCACUCUUGCCGCUCUCUACCGUAUAUACUUCGGACUUUAAUAUAAUAUAAUUUUAU